AUGGCAGAUUCAAUCGCGAUCGCGCGCGUCCAGAAAGAACUCAAGGACUUUCAGAAGAAGGGAGGCGACCUGGUGGGAAUUCGACUAGAUCUCGGAGAUGGCAGCGACAUGAUGAAAUUCAAGGGCGAAAUAGACGGGCCUCCUGACACAGUCUACGCUGGCGGCAAAUACAAACUGCUAAUAGAAAUACCGCCGAAUUAUCCGUUUUCACCUCCGAAAAUUCGCUUUACGACGCCGAUUUGGCAUCCGAACAUAUCUUCCGUCACUGGUGCCAUUUGCUUAGAUAUUCUUUCGACAAAAUGGGCGGCUGCCAUGACUCUCAGAACGGUGCUACUGUCCAUUCAAGCUCUUUUAGAGAGCCCCGAACCUGACGAUCCACAGGACGCAGUUGUUGCGGCUCAAUUCAACAAGAACCGCGCUUGCUGGGAAGCGACGGCUAAAUUCUGGGCUCAGUACCACGCCAGCGCUCCUGGAGCACUAAACGCUACUUACAAAGAUUCGCUCGAUAAAGUUGUUGCCAUGGGUUUUGACAAGCAAAAAGUACUUGCCAGCCUGUCGCAACACGACUGGAACACGGAGAACGCGCUGCAAUUUCUGUUCAACUGA